GUUUACGUGUUUUCCCGCCCCGUCGCUACGUCACCGGCUGUCCGACUGAUGGAUUUCAGUUAGCGAUGGAUGCUUACAUCAGCAGGCGGCGGCUCUGACAGGGGGGACCUGGCUGGUGUCGGACAGUUCGUUCCGGUCUCUGAGGGACUCUCUCAGUUGCAGACAUGGUGAGGCACAGCGUGAUGGCGGAGUUGCAAGCCUUCCAGCACUCUCUCCCGGUUAACUCCAUGGCUUUGGGUCCCACAGGGCAGAGAUGUGGGGAAACUCAGGAGGACGAGAUGCCCACAGAGGACAGACAGCGCCUUUCCCAAGGCCCAUCAGAUUUUGAGAAAAGCCAGCCAGUCAACAUCCCUGAUACAUCCAAAAGAAAGAAAAAGAAAAGAACACGGGCAACAGACAGCUCCACUGGCACGUUUGAUGACCUCUACAAGCUGACGGAUGAGGUACUUGGUCAGGGAGCAUAUGCUAAAGUUCAAGGAUGCAUCAGCCUGCAGAACGGACAAGAGUUUGCUGUGAAGAUCAUAGAGAAAAGUGCAGGUCACAGCCGCAGCAGAGUCUUUCGAGAAGUGGAGACACUCUACCAGUGUCAAGGAAACAAGAAUAUUUUGGAAUUGAUCCAGUUCUUCGAGGACAGCUCAUGCUUUUAUUUGGUUUUUGAAAAGCUGCGUGGAGGCUCCAUUCUCACACACGUUCUGAACCGAAAGCACUUUGAUGAGCUGGAGGCCAGUAAGGUGGUCAGGGAUAUUGCCCAAGCACUUGACUUCUUACACACUAAAGGCAUUGCCCAUAGAGACCUUAAGCUGGAGAACAUCCUCUGUGAAUGCACUGACCAGGUGUCACCAGUAAAGAUCUGUGAUUUUGACUUGGGAAGUGGAGUGAAGCUCAGCAGUGCCUGCACACCCAUAACGACUCCAGAGCUCACCACACCGUGUGGCUCAGCUGAGUACAUGGCUCCAGAGGUAGUGGAGGUGUUUACUGAUGAGGCUUCCUUCUACGACAAGCGCUGUGACCUUUGGAGCCUUGGGGUCAUCCUCUACAUCCUGCUGAGCGGCAGCCCCCCAUUCACAGGCCACUGUGGCACCGACUGUGGCUGGGAUCGUGGAGAAACCUGCAGAACCUGCCAGAGUAACCUGUUUGAGAGCAUCCAGCAGGGCAAGUAUGAGUUUCCAGACAAGGACUGGGCUCACAUCACUGCGGCAGCCAAGGAUCUCAUAUCCAAGCUGCUGGUUCGGGACGCCACGCUUCGCCUCAGUGCUGCUCAGGUCCUAAAGCACCCCUGGGUGCAAGGGAAUGCUCCAGAGAGAGGUCUUCCAACUCCUCGUGUUCUACAGAGGAACAGCAGCACCAAAGACCUGACCCAGUUUGCAGCUGAAGCCAUCGCCUUCAACCGGCAGCUCUCCCAGCACGACGAGCAGCAGGAGGACGGAGGAGCUAUUGUUUGCUCCAUGAGGCUUUCUCCUCCUUCCAACUCCAGACUGGCUCGCAGACGGGCACAGUCCAACGCCCUGCGCACCAGCGACUUUGCCCCCACCUCAGACGACCUCGCUGCCUGAAAGACACCAGCACAAGCCCCAUGUCAUUUUGCCCGACUUGUGUGUGUUCGUGUGUGUUCGUGUGUGUGUGUUCGUGUGUUCGUGUGUGUGUGUUCGUGUGUGUGUGUGUGUGUGUGUGUGUGUGUGUGUGUGUGUGUGUGUGUGUGUGUGUGUGUGUGUGUGUGUGUGUGUGUGUGUGUGUGUGUGUGUGUGUGUGUGUGUGUGUGUGUGUGUGUGUGUGUGUGUGUGUGUGUGUGUGUGUGUGUGUGUGUGUGUUUUACAGGGAGACUUGUAGGAUGAUCCCAAUAUUAGAAGUGACUAGCUGUUCCUGGUGUUAAAGCUCUUCCCUUUGGCCAGUAAUCUUUUCACCUUGACAGCUGAUCCUCGGUCUCCAUCUCCUAGUCGAAAAAACCUAGUGGAACCUCCUGAGAUUUGUUCAGGUAAACUUUUAAGCUGCCUCAGUUUUAAACAAAGUCUUUUUCUCAUUUGAACAUCGCUUUGGGUUUUGAAAAAAAUCACACGCAGUCUUGACAGAUGUAUUUAUGAUCACCAAAAAACGGCUAACAACGUUGUUAACGCCAGCAAUUUAUAUCACAAUAUCCAUUAGACAGGUUCAGCCGACUCUGCAGCCUGCUGCUGUCCUGAUGUAAUAUUAUAUCAUUUUAACAGCUUUUAUUUUUGUUGUUGUCCAACUGUUAAUUAAUUAGUGCGAUGUUUAAAUGCUACAUAUUGCUACUCAGUCACUGGAGGGAAAGGGAUGACCUAUCUUUUAUUUAUUUUUUAAGCCUGCAAGUGUAUGUGGUCUGAUGUGUGAUAAAACAGAUGAUAAAACACUUAGAGGAAGAUUAUGGCUUUGUCUCCAUUGUACCCACAUUUUUAAGUAGUAUUUGUCUAGUCCGGUGAUGUUAAAGAGUGUAGAAGGUUUAUGAAUGUGAUUAGAGAGGAACCUUGGAUCAGAUCGUUUUAUAUUUAUUUUAAUUUCUAGCUUUCACACCAACACAAGCUACCUGUAGCACUGAUGUACUUUAAAAUAAGUCACUUAAAUAGUUCCAAGGGAGAAUAUAGAAACAGUUUGGUCCAACAAUGUGAAUUCAACACCGACAUAAAUAUUUAUCUUCAAAGGGGUUUUAACAACUUUGUAUCCUCAGUCCAAAAUUACCUCAGACUCUUUCUUUUGCACCACAGCUUGACUUAGUUCCUUACUACAUGUCUUAUUAAGUUCAUAUCUCGUAGUGUUUACAGUCAGAAUGAAAUGAAAUGUGAGAAUGGAAUUUGUUUUAGGUGGUAUGUUCAGCAGCUGAUAAGACUUAAAGUAGCUUUGUGAGUAGUUGAUGUUACACUUGAUAGUUAGGUCUAUGAUUCCAUCAUGGUGUUGAAGGGAUUUAUUUUUUUAAAAAGGAUUUUAGUAUUUGUAUAUUGUUCAGUUUUGUAUUUUGUGUACUGUGAAUGUGCCUACUGAAAGAGCGAUGUGACUAACCAAGGCUUCUCCUCCUUUUAUUCUGUAGUUGCUCUUUUACGUUUUGAUUCCCCUUUUAAUAUAAAAAACGCUAACAUUCUUUUAAAAAAAUUUCAUUACUUGAGGACCCAGUCUCUGUUUGAAUGCGAUCACAUUGUCCAUCUAUCACUCCUGCUUCCCUCAACUGUUACUUUUAUGUGUUGCCCCAUAAACGAUAUGUUCCCUGAUUUCACACUGUUGCCAUGGACACCAUAUCCCUAUAGCAACUAAGGGCCUUCAUAAGCUGGAAGGAAUUGACGUGAGAUUUGCUCAGAGCGAAUACACACAUUAGUAAACAACCACUUGCUACGCCGAAGCCCUCUUACACUCAUUAUGAACCCAUAAAAGGACUUGUUUGUUUCCCCACAUCAACUUGUAAUGGCAUCAGAUGAGAUACAGUGGCCUAAUUGGUGUGUGAUCAUGUACUCCCACUGACAUUACUCAAAGCUCUUUAUGUGGUCCUGUUCAUAAAACUCACCACAGAGCAGAUCUUCACUGGUAUGCUGUGUUCUCAAUAAAAAAACAACAACCCAAAAACCUCAAAA